GUAUAAACAGCGCAGGUCCAAUUUCCAACGAACAAUCCCAGCCGCAGAAUUAUCCAGAGAAAAGAAUCACAACAUGGCCGCGUUCAUUUCAAUUCUUGUAGUUCUGGUACUGGCCGUCAUUGUAUACCGCUACUGGUAUAGUACCCGAAAAGUAUUGCCGCCUGGGGUGCGUCCACUUCCAGGACCCAAAGGUACACUAGGCGCAUAUGUUCCCUCAUGGCCUUAUUGUUCCUUAUCUGACGAAUUCUCGAUCUAAACAGGACUUCCUUUCAUCGGUCGAGUACACGAUGUACCAAGCACAGCCACGUGGUUGAAAUUUUGGGAGUGGUCGCAGGAAUAUGGGCCCAUCUAUCAAAUGGAAAUCUUUGGUUCGGUGCACGUCUGGAUAUCAUCCGAGCAAGUAGCCAACGACUUGCUAUCGAAACGUGGAUCUGUAUACUCCGAUCGACCGAAAAUUCCCAAUUUACCAGAUAAUCGAACAAGCGGUGACUACAUGCCAUUACUUGGCCGAAAUGGUAAGAUUCAAUAACGAAUAACUUGCACUGCAAAACCAUGAGCACUAAUGCAAUGCGCUGACAAACAAUCAGACAUUUGGAAAAGACAACGAAAAUUUGCCCAUCAUAUCUUCUCACGUGCACAAAACGAAUCACAAUACGCAUAUCCAACCUUGGAGCGUAAGAGGCUGCUUCACGAGCUUCUGAAGAACCCUUCAGAUUACGUUUACCUCCUAGAGGCUUAUACUGGGAGGACAAUUUCUCGCCUAGCUUGGGGUUCUGUAGCACCAGCACCACAAUUGAAGAUAGAUGCUUUUGGACUUUUGGAGGCUAUCAGUCCUAGUGGGGCGCUACCGAAUGUCAUCGCGUGGUUGGAACACUUGCCCGCAUGGCUUAGGUAGGCCAAACUGUCAUCUCGGAGAGCCUGAAAGCUAACAGAUUGCACAGCCCCUGGCAGAAAACGGAGAAAGCGCGUCACGAUGCAGAAAACGUAUUUUUCCAACAGUCCUUGAGAGAUGUUCACGAUGCGGCCUCUAAGGGAGAGAUUAAUCCCAGCUAUGCAAAGACCUUCCUGGAAGGAAAGGAGAAGGGCGGUUGGGAGCAUGAAGAAUGGUCUUAUCUUGUAAGCAAUUCAUUCAAGCCAUCAUGGGCCUUGUUGUAGAUGCUAAUAUUUCAAUGCGUAGAUUGGUAUGAUGGCAAUUGCUGGUGCACUGACGAUUGCAAGUCCAUUGCAAACAUACAUUUUGGCUAUGGUUCACCACCCAGUAUGGCAAGCAAAGAUGCAGGAGGAGAUUCAAAGGGUUUGUGGGGACCGGUGUCCCGAGUGGGAGGAUCGCGCGAAUUUACCGGUUGUCCGGUCGGUGGUCAAGGAGAUUUUGCGUUGGAGACCUCCAGUUCCAACAGGUUGGUCGUGGCUGUUUCUUGCGCUUGGACCAUGAGCUAAAAGAUUCUAGGCAUUCCUCAUCGGCUUGAGAACGACGACAUUUAUGGAGACUACUUCAUACCUGGUGGAGCCACCAUCCACGCCCUCGAAUGGUGAUCAUUCCGUCGAUUUUGGUUUGGUGUUAGAUGGUGCUAACUUCCAGCAGGGGAAUUUGUCGUGAUCCAGUAAAAUAUCCUGAUCCAGAAGCAUUCCGUCCAGAGCGCUGGCUUGACCCUUCAUUUCCUUCAUAUCGCGAGCCACUCACAGAAUUCCCUAACCUCAAAAAUCACCACCAAUUCGGCUUCGGUCGCCGAACUUGUCAGGGAGUUGAGAUUGUUGAUCAGGAAUUGUUUCUCGUCAUGUCUGGAAUGGCAUGGGCCUUCACCAUCCAGAAGAAGAAGGACGCAGCAGGGAAUGAAGUCGAGGUUCCAUGGAACAAAUACACCAGCUUGUUGAUUGCGAAGCCGGAUUCGUUUGAAUUUGACAUGAUUGUUCGAAGCGAGGAAAAGAGGAAGACCAUUGUGCAGGACGGCGAGGCGGUGGAGAAUGUUUAGCAUGUGGG